UCACCCUGGGAAUCGCUGAAGCCGUUUUGUGCAGGAGGCAUUGCUGAGGUUCCCCUUGCAGCAAUGGACUUGGAUAAAUCCUCCGUCUGGGGUUCCCUGAAACAGAAAACUAGACCAUUCCUGCAAAACCUAAGUGUGAAGAAGACAAAGAAGAGGUCUAGCAAAAUGGUGGAGAGGAAGGUCCACUCCUUGGACCGACGCCUCAGUGUGUCCGUGCCUGACAUGCUUCAGGUGGAGACUUUUACGGAAGAAGAAACAACUUAUUCGAGUACUCAGGUGUUGUCGAGCUGCUCCCCCAAGAACUUCUGCAGGUCUAUGGUGUCCCCGAAAAGCAGAAGCGCUUCGGUGAGGCUGGCAGGAGAGGACUGGCCAUGGGCAUCACAGCAGGCAAUGCGCACAGAAGUGACCGUCGCCCACCCUGACACACGAGUCAUGAGCAGUCCCAUGUCCGAAGGGAAGAGGAAAUCCAAUGAGGACCUCUUUGAGCUGCUGCAGAGCACCCACCUGAGCAGUGCUCUGACGGAUGAGGGGGCAGAGUACCCAUCUGGAGAAAUGGAUCUAGAUUCUUCCACAUCAUCUCAGAUUUUUGAUGAUCAGAUGGCUCUAGAGGAAGCAAAUGACUGCUUGAGUGACCUACCCAGCCCCUUCGCCUACCUGCUGACCAUCCACCUGAAGGAAGGCCGGAACCUGGUUAUCAGAGAUCGCUGUGGUACAAGUGACCCAUAUGUGAAAUUUAAACUGAAUGGGAAAACUCUGUACAAAAGCAAGGUAGUUUACAAGAACCUCAACCCAGUUUGGGAUGAGACUGUUGUGCUGCCUGUACAGACCCUCGAUCAAAAACUCUGGAUCAAGGUGUACGAUCGAGAUUUAACCUCUUCAGACUUCAUGGGUUCGGCUUUUGUAGCACUCGCUGAACUUGAACUCAAUAGAACUACUGAACAGGUUUUAAAACUGGAAGAUCCCAACAGUUUAGAAGAUGACAUGGGAGUGAUUGUAUUAAACUUGAGUUUAGCAGUCAAGCAAGGAGACUUCAAGAGAAAUAGGUGGUCAAGUCGGAAGAAGCGAACUUCAUCCAAGUCUAGUUUCAUGCGGAGCAUGCGACUCUCCGACUCUUUGCGCAAGAACCAGUUGUGGAACGGUCUGGUCACCAUCACACUCUUGGAGGGGAAGAAUAUUCCUGGAGGGGGCUUGGCAGAGGUUUUUAUUCUCCUCAAGCUGGGAGAUCAAAGGUACAAGAGUAAGACACUGUGUAAGAGUGCAAAUCCUCAGUGGAGGGAACAGUUUGAUUUUCACUACUUCUCUGACAGGAAGGAUAUGUUGGACAUUGAGAUCUGGAGAAAGGAUAACAAAAAGCACGAGGAGCUUUUGGGAAUGUGCCAGGUUGACAUUACUGCCCUGCCAACUAAGCAGACAAAUUGCUUAGAGCUGCCUCUGGAAAAACAUCCAGGGUCCCUGCUUAUGUUGAUUGCUGUUGCUCCAUGUACAGGAGUGUCUAUCUCUGAUCUGUGUGUCUGCCCUUUGGGAGACCCCAGUGAAAGGCAACAGAUUUCACAACGCUAUUGUAUAAAGAAUUCGUUUCGGGACAUAAAGGACAUUGGUUUCUUACAAGUCAAAGUUUUAAAGGCGGUGGACCUCUUGGCAGCAGAUUUUGCAGGUAAAAGCGAUCCUUUUUGUGUAUUAGAGCUGGGAAACGACAGUCUUCAAACACACACUGUUUACAAGAACCUCAAUCCAGAGUGGAACAAAGUUUUCACAUUCCCUAUUAAAGAUAUUCAUGAUGUUCUGGAAGUGACAGUGUUUGAUGAAGAUGGAGAUAAACCCCCUGAUUUUCUUGGAAAAGUUGCCAUCCCUUUACUGUCUAUUAAAAAUGGUAAACAAAGUUGUUACACGCUGAAGAAUAAAGACUUGGAGCGUGCUUCAAAAGGAGUAAUUUACUUGGAGCUGGAUGUCCUAUUUAAUCCUGUAAAAGCAAGUAUUAGAACAUUCAAGCCCCGAGAAAAACGCUUUACUGAGGAGAACCGCAAGUUUUCUAAAAAGAUCUUAUCAAGAAAUGUUGAUCGCGUGAAAAAAAUCACCAUGGCAAUAUGGAAUACAAUACAAUUCCUUCGGAGCUGCUUUCUCUGGGAGUCCACGGUAAAGAGCGUGAUAGCAUUUGUGGUGUUUGUGGUCACCGUCUGGAGUGUGGAGCUGUACAUGGUGCCCCUGGCUCUGCUGGUGCUCUUUGCAUACAACUUCUCCCUCAUCACAACAGGGAAGGUCAACAACACCCAAGAUGCCCAGGAGCUUAUGGGCUUGGAUGAAGAUGAGGAUGACGAUGAUAAGGAAUCUGAGAAAAAGGGAUUAAUUGACAGAAUCCACAUGGUCCAAGAGAUCAUCAUAGCUGUUCAAAGCAUCUUAGAAGAAAUAGCAUCAUUUGGAGAGAGGAUUAAAAACACAUUCAACUGGACGGUGCCUUUCCUCUCUGUCCUGGCCUGCUUGGUCCUGGCAGCAGCAACAGUCAUUUUGUAUUUUAUACCACUGAGGUACAUUGUUUUAAUCUGGGGCAUAAAUAAAUUUACUAAGAAGCUUAGAAAUCCCUACGCCAUCGACAAUAAUGAGCUACUAGAUUUCCUCUCCAGGGUACCAUCUGAUGUUCAAAAGGUGCAGUACGCUGAAUUGAAACCAUACAGCAGCUCCAGUCCCAUUAGGAAGAAGCGGAGUGCGCUAUAG